AUGAUUGGAGGAGGAAAUAUUACAGGGACAACAUACUUCAUCCUCUUUGGAUUCUCAGAUUUUCCCAGGUCCUUAGCAGUGCUCAUCGCUGUAUUCCUGCUGAUCUACAUGACGACUGUGACCUGGAACCUGUGCCUCAUCAUCUUAAUAAGGACGGAUUCCCACCUCCACACACCCAUGUACUUCUUCCUCAGUAACUUGUCCUUCACAGAUAUCUGCUAUGUUACCUCCACGGCCCCAAAGAUGCUCUCCAACUUCUUUCAGAAGCAGCAAACAAUCACCUUUGUGGGCUGCAUUGUUCAGCAGUUCAUCUUUUCAACUAUGGGACUGAGUGAGUGUUGUCUCCUGACAGCCAUGGCUUAUGACCGAUAUGCUGCCAUUUGUAAGCCGCUGCUCUAUUCAUCCAUCAUGUCUCCCAGCCUCUGUAUUUGGAUGGCUCUGGGAGCCUACAUGGCUGGGCUCUCUGCUUCUUUUUCCCAAUUAGGUGCCUUGCUUCAGCUCCAUUUCUGUGGGCCUAAUGUUAUCAACCAUUUCUUCUGUGACAUUCCUCAAUUGUUAAUCUUGUCCUGCACUGAUACUUUCUUUGUACAAAUUAUGCUUGCUAUAUUAACAAUGAUAUUUGGAAUAGCAAAUGUCCUAAUUAUCAUGAUAUCCUAUGGUUAUAUUAUCAUCUCUGUCAUGAAGAUCACUUCAGCUAAAGGCAGGUCCAAGGCUUUCAACACCUGUGCUUCUCAUGUGACAGCUGUUUCCCUCUUCUAUACAUCAAGUAUCUUUGUCUAUUUGAGUUCCAGCUCUGGCAGUUCCUCCAGCUUUGAUAGAUUUGCAUCAGUCUUUUACACUGUGGUCAUUCCCAUGUUGAAUCCUGUGAUUUAUAGCCUGAGGAACAGAGAGAUUAAAGAUGCCUUGAUGAGGUUGCAAAAGAAGAGAGGGCACUGCUAA